AUCUCGCAUGCAACUCACUGAGAGGGAGAGACAUCCCGUUCUCCCCUCUCACAGCCGCGGGCAUCUCCAGCCACCUAGGACCUGCUUUCGCACCUCCUACCUUCCCUGCCACUCCCUCCUAGAGAGAGCAAAAAAGAAAAGGAGAGAAAAAGAUUCUGGAAUUUGAACCUUCCCAAAGAGGAAACAUAACCAGCAAACUCAGUUGUUUAAACAUCAAACAGACAGAUCCCAAAUCUUCUGUUCAACUGGAAAGGUCUGUUGUCCCGAGUCCUAAGACGCGAGUUAUGGGCAGCACUGCCUCUGGCUGCACCAUGAAACCUGAGUCUGCUUGCGCUCUGCCCUGGGCCCGGCUCUGUCUGAGUGCCAGGCGUCUGGCUGGCCCUCUCCCUGCGGCCCACUGCUGCUAGGAGGUAGAACUUCAGGACUGGCCCUCGGUCCGUUUCUGCCUUUCACCUGCUCACCUCACCACUCACAGCUCCUCCUUCGUAGUGCCCCAACCCCAGUCGCCUCCCCAGGCCCCUGGCUGGGGUCCUUGGGGUCCCUUGAAAGGAGUGCAUCGCUGAAGCCUUCCUCCCCGCUUCCGGCACCUUCUCCGUGAUUCAAGGCCUCUGGAUCCACAUGGAUAGCUGAGAUCUUUUCCUGGAGAAAGAGGCUGUUCUCUCCACUCUAGCCCCCACUCUCCUACCUGAUCUGCCUCCUCUUCUCCUGGCCCUGUCUUUUCCCUCUGCCUCUUCGUUGAAUUUCUUGCGUGUGUGCCCAGCUGGGGCCUUUUCACUCCCCCCCUCCUCACCCUGUGUGUGCCCACUUCCUCUGUGUGCUCUCGGUCCCCUGUCUCUGUCUCGUCUUGCUCUCUCCCUUCCACUGCCAAGGGACAGGCCUGGCCUGUCUGUUCCUCCGGGCUCUGUCCCCGCAGCCACGAUGAGCUUCACCCUGCCCUCGGUUUUCUUCACCCUGAAGGUGAGCAUCGUGCUGGGGUCCCUGCUGGGGCUCUGCCUGGGCCUCGAGUUCAUGGGCCUCCCCAAUCAGUGGGCCCGCUACCUCCGCUGGGACGCCAGCACACGCAGCGACCUGAGUUUCCAGUUCAAGACCAACGUGUCCACGGGGCUGCUCCUCUACCUGGAUGAUGGCGGCGUCUGUGACUUCCUCUGCCUCUCCCUGGUGGACGGCCGUGUUCAGCUCCGCUUCAGCAUGGACUGCGCCGAGACCUCCGUGCUGUCUGACAAGCAGGUGGAUGAUGGCAGCUGGCACUUCCUCAUGGUGAGCCGUGACCACCUGCGCUCGGUGCUGGUGCUGGACGGCGAGGGCCGGGCUGGGGAGUUGCAGCCCCAGCGGCCACACAUGGAUGUGGUCAGCGACUUGUUCCUCGGUGGAGUUCCUUCUGACAUACGACCUUCCGCCCUCACCCUCGAUGGAGUACAGGCUAUGCCCAGCUUCAAGGGAUUAAUCCUGGAUCUCAAGUAUGGCAACUCAGAGCCUCGGCUUCUGGGAAGCCAGGGUGUCCAGUUGGAGGCUGAGGAACCCUGUGGGGAGCGUCCUUGUGAGAAUGGUGGGAUCUGCUUUCUCCUGGAUGGCCACCCUACCUGUGACUGUUCUACCACUGGCUAUGGUGGCAAGCUCUGCUCGGAAGAUGUCAGUCAAGGUCCAGGCCUCUCCCACCUCAUGAUGAGCGAACAAGCUCGAGAGGAGAAUGUGGCCACGUUCCGAGGCUCAGAGUACCUGUGCUACGACCUGUCCCAGAACCCGAUCCAGAGCAGCAGUGAUGAAAUCACCCUUUCCUUUAAGACCUGGCAGCGCAACGGGCUCAUCUUGCACACGGGCAAGUCGGCUGACUAUGUUAACCUGGCUCUGAAGGAUGGCGCGGUCUCCUUGGUCAUUAACCUGGGGUCCGGGGCCUUUGAGGCCAUCGUGGAGCCAGUGAAUGGAAAAUUCAACGACAACGCCUGGCACGAUGUCAAAGUGACACGCAACCUCCGGCAGGUGACAAUCUCUGUGGAUGGCAUUCUUACCACAACGGGCUACACUCAAGAGGACUACACAAUGCUGGGCUCAGACGACUUCUUCUACGUGGGAGGAAGCCCAAGCACAGCUGAUUUGCCUGGUUCCCCUGUCAGCAACAAUUUCAUGGGCUGCCUUAAAGAGGUUGUUUAUAAGAAUAAUGACAUCCGUCUGGAGCUGUCUCGCCUGGCUCGGAUUGGGGACACCAAGAUGAAAAUCUACGGCGAAGUUGUGUUCAAGUGUGAGAAUGUGGCCACGCUGGACCCCAUCAACUUCGAGACCCCAGAGGCUUACAUCAGCCUGCCCAAGUGGAACACGAAGCGGAUGGGCUCCAUCUCCUUCGACUUCCGCACCACUGAGCCCAAUGGCCUGAUCCUCUUCACUCACGGAAAACCCCAAGAGAGGAAGGAUGCGCGGAGCCAAAAGAACACAAAAGUUGACUUCUUUGCCGUGGAGCUCCUAGAUGGCAACCUGUACUUGCUUCUUGACAUGGGGUCCGGCACAAUCAAAGUGAAAGCCACUCAGAAGAAAGCCAAUGAUGGGGAAUGGUACCACGUGGACAUUCAGCGAGACGGCAGAUCAGGUACCAUCUCGGUGAACAGCAGACGCACGCCGUUCACUGCCAGCGGGGAGAGCGAGAUCCUGGACCUGGAAGGGGACAUGUACCUGGGCGGGCUGCCCGAGAACCGCGCGGGCCUCAUCCUCCCCACGGAGCUCUGGACCGCCAUGCUCAACUACGGCUACGUGGGCUGCAUCCGCGACCUGUUCAUUGACGGGCGCAGCAAGAACAUCCGGCAGCUGGCGGAGAUGCAGAACGCGGCGGGCGUCAAGUCCUCGUGCUCGCGGGUGAGCGCCAAGCAGUGCGACAGCUACCCCUGCAAGAACAACGCCGUGUGCAAGGACGGCUGGAACCGCUUCAUCUGUGACUGCACUGGCACCGGCUACUGGGGAAGGACCUGCGAGAGGGAGGCAUCCAUCCUGAGCUAUGACGGCAGCAUGUACAUGAAGAUCAUCAUGCCGAUGGUCAUGCACACCGAGGCAGAGGAUGUGUCUUUCCGCUUCAUGUCCCAGCGAGCUUAUGGGCUUCUGGUGGCUACGACCUCCAGGGACUCCGCCGACACCCUGCGUCUGGAGCUGGACGGGGGGCGCGUCAAGCUCAUGGUUAACUUAGACUGUAUCAGGAUAAACUGUAACUCCAGCAAAGGACCCGAGACCCUGUACGCAGGGCAGAAACUCAAUGACAAUGAGUGGCACACCGUUCGGGUGGUGCGGAGAGGAAAGAGCCUUAAGCUUACCGUGGAUGACGACGUGGCCGAGGGCACGAUGGUGGGAGACCACACCCGCCUGGAAUUCCACAAUAUUGAAACCGGAAUCAUGACCGAGAAACGUUACAUCUCCGUGGUUCCCUCCAGUUUCAUCGGCCACCUGCAGAGCCUCAUGUUUAAUGGCAUGCUCUAUAUUGAUUUGUGCAAAAAUGGUGACAUUGAUUACUGUGAGCUGAAGGCUCGUUUUGGACUGAGGAACAUCAUUGCUGACCCAGUCACCUUCAAGACCAAGAGCAGCUACCUGAGCCUGGCCACCCUCCAGGCCUACACCUCCAUGCACCUCUUCUUCCAGUUCAAGACCACCUCUGCUGACGGCUUUAUUCUCUUCAAUAGUGGUGAUGGUAAUGACUUCAUUGCAGUGGAGCUUGUCAAGGGGUACAUACACUACGUGUUUGACCUUGGAAAUGGUCCCAAUGUGAUUAAAGGGAACAGCGACCGUCCUCUGAAUGACAACCAGUGGCACAAUGUCGUCAUCACCCGGGACAACAGUAACACCCACAGCCUGAAAGUGGACACCAAAGUGGUCACUCAGGUUAUCAACGGUGCUAAAAAUCUGGACUUGAAAGGAGACCUCUACAUGGCUGGUCUGGCCCAAGGUAUGUACAGCAACCUCCCAAAGCUCGUGGCCUCCCGGGAUGGCUUUCAGGGGUGUCUGGCAUCAGUGGACUUGAAUGGGCGCCUGCCAGACCUCAUCAAUGAUGCUCUCCAUCGAAGCGGGCAGAUAGAGCGUGGCUGUGAAGUUGCGUUGACCAAAGCUGACCUGCAAGGACCCAGUACCACCUGCCAGGAAGAUUCCUGUGCCAACCAGGGUGUCUGCAUGCAGCAGUGGGAAGGUUUCACCUGUGACUGCUCCAUGACCUCUUAUUCUGGAAGCCAGUGCAAUGACCCUGGCGCUACGUACAUCUUUGGGAAAAGCGGUGGCCUCAUCCUGUACACCUGGCCGGCCAAUGACAGGCCCAGCACACGCUCCGACCGCCUCGCCGUGGGCUUCAGCACCACUGUGAAGGACGGCAUCCUGGUCCGCAUUGACAGUGCUCCAGGACUUGGCGACUUCCUCCAGCUUCACAUAGAACAGGGGAAAAUUGGAGUCGUCUUCAAUAUUGGCACUGUGGACAUCUCCAUCAAAGAGGAGAGAACCCCAGUCAAUGAUGGCAAAUACCACGUGGUGCGCUUCACCAGGAACGGAGGCAAUGCCACCCUGCAGGUGGACAACUGGCCGGUGAAUGAGCAUUACCCCACAGGCAACACUGAUAAUGAACGCUUCCAAAUGGUAAAACAGAAAAUCCCCUUCAAAUAUAACCGGCCCGUAGAGGAGUGGCUGCAGGAAAAAGGCCGGCAGUUAACCAUCUUCAACACUCAGGCGCAAAUAGCCAUUGGUGGAAAGGACAAAGGACGCCUCUUCCAAGGCCAACUCUCUGGGCUCUAUUAUGAUGGUUUGAAAGUACUGAACAUGGCAGCUGAGAACAACCCCAAUAUAAAAAUCAAUGGAAGUGUCCGGCUGGUAGGAGAAGUCCCAUCAAUUUUGGGAGCAACACAGACGACCUCCAUGCCACCAGAAAUGUCUACCACUGUCAUGGAAACCACCACUACAAUGGCAACCACCACAACCCGUAAGAAUCGCUCUACAGCCAGCAUUCAGCCAACAUCAGAUGACCUUGUUUCAUCUGCUGAAUGUUCAAGUGAUGACGAAGACUUCGUUGAAUGUGAACCCAGUACAGGAGGUGAAUUAGUUAUCCCUCUUCUUCUAGAAGACCCUUUAGCUACCCCUGCUAUUGCUACUCGUGCACCUUCCAUUACUCUCCCCCCUACCUUUCGCCCCCUCCUCACCAUUAUUGAGACCACCAAAGAUUCCCUGUCCAUGACCUCUGAGGCGGGGUUACCUUGCUUGUCGGACCAAGGCAGCGAAGGUUGUGAUGAUGAUGGCUUGGUGAUAUCUGGGUAUGGCUCAGGGGAAACCUUUGACUCUAACCUGCCCCCUACCGAUGAUGAAGAUUUUUACACCACCUUCUCCUUGGUAACAGAUAAGAGUCUUUCCACUUCAAUCUUCGAAGGUGGCUACAAAGCACAUGCGCCCAAGUGGGAAUCCAAGGACUUUAGACCUAACAAAGUCUCGGAAACUGGUAGGACUACUACCACAGCUUUGUCCCCUGAGCUGAUCCGCUUCACAGCUUCCUCCUCGUCCGGGAUGGUGCCCAAAUUGCCAGCUGGCAAAAUGAAUAACCGUGAUCUCAAACCCCAGCCUGAUAUAGUCUUGCUUCCGUUGCCCACUGCCUAUGAGCUAGACAGCACCAAACUGAAGAGCCCACUAAUUACUUCCCCCAUGUUCCGUAAUGUGCCCACAGCAAACCCCACGGAGCCGGGAAUCAGACGGGUCCCGGGGGCCUCAGAGGUGAUCCGGGAGUCGAGCAGCACAACAGGGAUGGUCGUCGGCAUUGUGGCUGCUGCCGCCCUCUGCAUCUUGAUCCUCCUGUACGCCAUGUACAAGUACAGGAACAGGGACGAGGGGUCCUAUCAAGUGGACGAGACGCGGAACUACAUCAGCAACUCGGCGCAGAGCAACGGCACGCUCCUCAAGGAGAAGCAGCAGAGCUCCAAGAGCGGCCACAAGAAGCAGAGGAACAAGGACAAGGAGUACUACGUGUAGACGUGGCCACACUGACAACAGGAGGAUUUAAAAUGGAAUUAUUUAUCUAUGCGUAUGCACAUACUGUGACCGCGCGGUGUAACAGGUGUCAGAACUGUGCUAACCGAGACGGGGUGUACUGUGACCAGGGCGGGGAUGCCAUCUGGACACUUACAAAGACCAUUCUCUCCGCAAAGUUCAGCCGAGGCUGUGCCGGCGUCAGUCGUCGCUCGGAGACAGUUCUUUCUGCCCUGCUGUAUCAUAAAGCACACACUAUGCGCUCCGAAGCGAGCCAGUGGCUCCAGCACUUCCGCGGACUUGGAAGCUUUCUUCUCCGAGGACCUUUGUCAAAAGGUAGAAAGACUUCAUGGCUUACUUGUUCCCUAACUCCAAGUGAGUCUGUAAUGAUGUUUGUGAAAAGCUUGACUGUAACGAUGUUCUUUUCUUUUGUUUCAUUCUGUAAAAAACCAAACCAGGAAAAAAAAAAAAAAAAAAGACAUAAAAAACAAAAAAACACAACCUUUAUCUGGUUUCGGCCAGUGUGCGUGUAACUUUUCAAGAUCUGAGGGGAAAAAAUGGCUUUUGGGUUUUUGUUUGUUUAUUUAUUUAUUUUUUGAGAGUGACUGGACAUAAGAAGAGAAAAAAAUAAUAAACUCAGAAAACAAAAGUGAGAGAGACUAUUGCCAUAUGAACUCAAAAGCUACCAUGGUGUCCACUCUACAUAUCAGGUUGUGGCGUCUCUAGAGUCUGUUGUUUGUUUCCUAUAAAUGAUGCUUUGCUGAACACAUAGCAAAAUUCCAUAUGAUGGAUGACAAUGAUUUGAAAAGCUGGUUCCCCAGGAUCUAAUUCCAGAAUUUGCCACCCAAAUCCUAACUAUGCGGGUUUUGGGCUGGUUAUAUCAGAGCUAUUGGCUUUACUUAACAUGUUGUUCCUGUCUGUUAACCCAGCCAAAAUGUAUUAAAGAGGAAAGCCCCGCUGACUAAAACAGAGCCUUUCCUAGGGAAGGGGGGGGGGGCUGGAUCUGUAACUGAUUGAAAUGCAUGCAAAUAAAAAAGAAAAGACAAUACUAAAGUUUGUUCAAUAAUCAAAACAGACAAUUAGGGGAGUUCAACUUGUGAUGGAACCACAAAAGGUCACACAAGCCAAACAUGUCAUGACAGAGUGAAAAAUACUGGUACAUAGUUCUUUCCCUGCCCCCAACGCGAUAACGGUUUUCCUAGUUGUUUAAUUUUGUAGCCUGACACAUAACAGAUAACUCCAGCCUUCCAUUUGCUCACUUCUCCCGUCGCCCAUCUUUUUAAAAAAACAAAUAAAUAAAUGAAUAAAGCUGCUGUGACACACACAAAAAGGAAUUUAAUAGUAUAAUGUAUAUAAAUAAAUAUAUAUACAGAUAUAUUUAUCAUGGUAUGUUUGAUGGGAUGGCUGACACAGGAAAUCUGUUAAAGUCUUGAAGUGGAAUGAGAAUGUUGUUUUAACAGAAAAUAAUAACGCGACAAAAAAGUAAACCUUUAAAUGUGAAGAAAGUGUGAGUUUUAGUUUUGUCACAGUUAACUGUGUCAAAGAGAAUUAAAAAAAAAAUCUCAGAUUUUGUUUACAUAUUUUACUACAUUUUUGCUGGUACAAUCCCUUAGUCACCUAUCUACAUACUGCUUUAAGAACUGUUUUUUUCCUUUCUAUUUGUUUAUUUCAGUUUGUUUGGUUUAUAUUCCAGUUGUCUUUUUUCUUUUCGUAAAGAGGAAACAAUGUACAGAAAAAAAACAAAAAAACUAAAAACACACUGGUUGUGUGGCCAUAGCGUUCGAAAAAACAAGAGACAGGGCAAGACAAAUAUUCACUCCAAAAAUCAAGUGUGGCCUCUGGAGGGUCAGAUAUAUACAAUUUCUUUUGUACAGAUGAAAAACAAACAGCUGUUUAGAUUUAGAAAUCUACUCUUGCUGGUCUUUGUAAGUUGCAUGAGUAUUUGACUUUGAAAAAAUAUCUUAAAGAUGUGGGGCAAAAAGCGCAAUCUAACUGAUAGCCUUUACUAAUGUGUUCGGAAAGAGGCGUUCCUCAUUAUCUAAUAUUCCAAUGUGUUAAGAUUUUUUGAUUUUUUUGUUGUCAUGAAAAAGACAGGAUUAUAAAGAGAUAUCGAAGCACGCUUUUAGAUAACAAAUGGCCCAGCCUAUAUGCAGUUGAUUAUAUCUCGAUGUCUAUAAGAGAUUGCUGUUCUUGGAGUCUUGAGGUCUUGUGAACUGAUUUCCUGCUUUCUUUCUUUACAUUUUUUAAUUUGAGUAAAAAUACAUUUGUUACAUUCCUUUUAGCGUAAGUUUCUAUUUAGACAAUUUUAUGGGAACAUGUGCAUCCUGUAUGUGAGCUUCUAUCAUAUUCCUGUUGUUUUAUUAGCAGACCCUAAAGGAUUUUAUUUUAUAAUGUUGUGAUGUUGCUGCUUUUUCUUUUUUCCUUUUAUUUCAUAUUUGCAUUUUCGUUCAAGGAUAUGCUUAGCAAUAAAAUGUUCUUCCCAAAA